GAGACACGUGGCGCAGAGAAUCUGCCAUUGGAUCGUGGAAUGUUCUUCAUGGCGUGCAAUCAUUCGAGCCACUUGGACUGCGGGGCCACAUUCGUGGGCGCAUGGACAGGCGGCGCCAAGCGGGUGUAUGCGCUGGGUGCUCGGGACUACUUCUUCAGCAACCCGCUUCUGGCAUGGUUCGUCACCACGUGCAUGCAUGUCAUCCCUAUCAACCGCCGCAAGUUCUCCCAGCAAGAGCUCGACACCCUACUGCAGCUCAAGGCAGCCAGCGGCCCCCACCGCCCCACAGCAGUCCUCAUUUUCCCCGAGGGCACGCGCUCCUUGACUGGAUCCCUGCAGCCCUUCAAGUCAGGCGUGGGGCUGCUGGCAGAGCAGCUGGACGUGCCCGUGGUGCCCGUGUGCGUCAAGGGCACCUUUGAAGCUCUACCGAAGGGUCGCACCAUUCCCCUGCGUAGGCGGGUGACUGUGGAGUUCGGGCGGCCUCUGGACGUUCAGGAGUAUCUUCAGGUGGCCCAGGUGGCGCCACCAGAUGCUGCUGUCGUCUCUCCCCCAGCAAGCACUCAGGUGGCUAUUUGUUCUUAG